GCUCAGAACCUUCCCACCUCGGUGGUGGGAAGGCUCAAGGCCUUUGUUUGCAGCGCUCUGCCUAUGCAGUUAAUACCGUCACUCUAAGAAUCCUUGUGUCUUUACAUUUUAUUUUGUGCAUAUGUAUGGGGACCAGAGGACAAUUACUGGACGUUGGUUCUCUCCUUCCACCAGGUGGGUCCCGGGGAUCAAACUCAAUCUUCAGGGUUGGCAUCAAGUGCUGAGCCAUCACACCAGCCGGGGUGACCGGGUUCUUUGAACAAAGAUUUGCUCAGGUUUUUCUCAACCAAAGUGUCUCAACCAUGUUCAAGAAGCACUACAGAUCGCACCCCACUGCUUCGUCCUAACGGCGGGCUCUCAGCCAUUAUCUUGGACACACAAGGAGGCGAAACGACUAGUCCAGGAACGUGAAAUCAGCAGUGACGAUCCCCGCCAUCAAUCCCAACAUCCGGUGGCCCGCCCCGCCAGGAUCUCUUCCGGUCCCGCCCCUUGGGGGCCGGCGCCACGGGCGUCGGAGUCUCUCUGCUACCAACUUCCGCAUUGACCCACCCAUCGCGAGAUUUUGGCGGCGCAGCAAUGGCAAGACCGUGAGUACCGCUGACGGGAGUCUAUAGAACGAGUUAGGACAGGACUGGUGCGGGGUCGGGCCGCGGGGAGCCGACAGGCUCGGGCCCUCUGGAGGGAGUGACAGCUGGGCGUGAAGACGGUCCUCCCCCGACUGCCGCGCAUCACCCAGAUCCCGCCCCUUCCCCAGAUGCCGCGACACUGCUCCGCCGCCGGCUGCUGCACACGGGAUACACGCGAGACUCGCAACCGCGGCAUCUCCUUCCACAGGUCAGCGCGCGUGCGUAGUGGCACGCGAGGGCUCACAUGCGCAGGCGCUUGGUGUUGCCGCACCUUAGGCCGCGCAGGAGACAGCGCUUUCCUGAGGUCGAAACUUCCCAAGAAAGACAACCCCAGGCGCGGCUUGUGGCUGGCCAACUGUCAGCGGCUGGACCCCAGCGGCCAGGGCCUGUGGGAUCCGACCUCUGAGUACAUCUACUUCUGCUCCAAACACUUCGAGGAAAACUGCUUUGAGCUGGUGGGAAUCAGCUGCUCUGAAAGACAAGGACCCACAAUUCCAUUUUCUCCACCUCCUCGUGCUGAUAUCAUACGCUUUCCUGUGGAAGAAGCCUCAGCACCUGCCACUCUGCCUGCAUCCCCAGCUGCGAGGCUGGACCCUGGCCUUAACAGCCCCUUCUCAGAUCUCUUGGGCCCUCUAGGUGCUCAAGCGGAUGAAGCAGGCUGUAGUGCACAGCCUUCACCAGAGCAGCACCCCUCCCCUCUUGAGCCACAGCAUGUCUCCCCAUCUACAUACAUGUUGCGGCUGCCGCCACCUGCUGGAGCCUACAUCCAGAAUGAGCAUAGCUACCAAGUGGGGAGCGCCUUGCUCUGGAAGAGGAGAGCUGAAGCAGCUCUUGAUGCUUUGGAUAAGACCCAGCGCCAGCUGCAGGCCUGCAAGAGGCGGGAGCAGCGGCUUAGGCUGCGACUGACCAAGCUGCAGCAGGAACGGGCCCGGGAGAAGCGAGCUCAGGCAGAUGCCCGCCAGACCCUGAAGGACCAUGUACAGGACUUUGCUAUGCAGCUGAGCAGCAGCAUGGCCUGAUAAAGGGACCACACACCUGGCUCUGGCCUCCUCUUCUCAGAGACACUUGACUGAAACUGCAUCCACCGAGCUGGCCAAAUGUCACAAUAAAGUGGAUGCUAGCUAGA